AUUCCUCUUCCGGUUCGGAGGCGGAUGUUUAUGAGCAGGUUUGACAGGCGGGAACCUCCGGGAGCGGCCGACUGUUUUCCUUCUAGGCUCUUCAGGCAAGCAGCUGAGUUUGGGGGCCAUUGCCAUGGACCCGCUCUCGGAGUUGCAGGAUGACCUUAACCUGGAGGACACCAACCAGUCCCUGAGCCAGCUCAAACUGGCUUCCUUAGAUGAUAAGAACUGGCCAGAAGAUGAAGUGCCUGUUUUUCCCAAGUCAGAGGACACCAACCGCUCCCCUGAGCCCAUCACUCACCUGCGCUGGGAUGAUCCAUACUACGAUAUUGCUAGGCACCAGAUCGUGGAAGUAGCAGGUGAUGACAAGUAUGGACGGAAAGUCAUUUUGUUCAGUGCCUGCCGGAUGCCGCCCAGCCAUCAACUUGACCAUGUGAAACUGCUGCAGUAUCUUAAGUUCACACUGGACCAGUAUGUGGAGAGUGACUACACAUUGGUGUAUCUGCACCAUGGCCUCACCAGUGAGAACAAGCCGUCCCUGAGCUGGCUGCGGGAUGCCUACCGGGAAUUUGACCGCAAGUACAAGAAGAACAUCAAAGCGCUGUACAUCGUGCACCCAACAAUGUUCAUCAAGACUCUGCUGAUUCUCUUCAAGCCUCUGAUCAGUUUCAAGUUUGGACGGAAGAUUUUUUAUGCAAACUUCCUGAGUGAGCUGGAGGAGCAUGUGAAGCUGGAGCAGCUGGGGAUCCCAAGCCAGGUGCUAAAAUAUGACGAGUACCUGAAAUCACUGCAGAAACCCUCUCAAGUGCCCCAGAAGCUGACCCCCCCACGCCCACCCCUGCCAAACCAGCAGUUUGGGGUCUCUCUGCAGCACCUAAGGGAGAAGAGCUCUGAUCAGGCCCCAGUCCCGCUGGUGGUCAGGGAAACCAUUGCCUAUCUGCGGGAGCAUGCUCUGACCAAAGAGGGGAUUUUCCGGAGAUCAGCUUCCACACAGAUUGUCAAAGAGGUCCAACAAAAAUACAACAUGGGGAUACAGGUGGAUUUCCAGCAAUAUGAGGACAUUCACCUCGCUGCCGUGAUCCUCAAGACGUUCCUGCGGGAGCUGCCAGAGCCCCUGCUCACCUUUAGCCUCUACAACCACGUUGUCAGCUUCCAGAACGUGGAGGAGUCGAAUCGCGUGGACGUUGUUCGCAAAACCCUCCAGACCCUGCCCGAGGAAAACUACCAAGUGCUCUGUUUCCUGAUGGCCUUCCUGGCAGAGGUCUCCGCUCACAGCGACGUAAACAAGAUGACGAACACCAACCUGGCCGUGGUUUUCGGCCCAAACCUGCUGUGGGAUAAGGAUGUAGCCAUCACCCUCAAGGCCAUCAACCCCAUCAACACCUUUACCAAGUUCCUGCUGGACCACCAGGGGGAGCUGUUCCAGGACAUGGAGGCCUGAGCCGGGGCCCGUCCACACUAGCACACUGUGCCCACCUUCCCCCUCCCUCUUCCUACCUUGUCGUGGAGCCGUGGCCAGGAGCCUCCAGCAUAGAGGGUCCAUUGGAGCUGCAGGCGCUGAGCUGAGUGAGGGCUGUGGAGAUGGUGUGGGAGUGAGUGAGCAGGCAACCAUUUGCCAGAGGUUGGGGAGAGGAGCUGGUCUCCCCAUUCCUGGGAGCGGAGUCUUGUCCCCAUGGCCAUUCUGUGCAGUUCAUCCCUGGCCAUGCUGCUCUACUGGGGGCCGUUCCCUCCUUCCUUCCCCUCACGGGCUUCUUUCUGCCCUCCUCUCCUCCCCCCAGCAGCCCCUCUUCUGUGCAACGCCCCAAGAUCCCAGCUCAUUCCUCCUGCCUGCAUCACCUGGGCAGGACUUGGCUC